UCAUCCGAAAAAACUAGCAUUGUCUGAAUUUGAAGUAUAAAAGAAACUGAGUAAUUGGUAUAAAACCUUGACCAGCCAAUCAUAAUGCCCACAUAAUCCUGUCAAAAAAGAAAAAAACGCGUCCAUUGUUUAAUCCCAGACCUUCCAAUAAAAAACAUAAUCGCCUCAUUUCAGUUGCCGUAUUUCUCCCUCUGUAAAAUUUCUUCUUUUUUUUACUAUAAAUUUUAAUAUGCCUAAAGAAGCUCCCACUAAGGUUAGUAAGCGUGCCUCCCCUGACGAUAAGAAGAAGCGCGGAAAGAAAGAUCCAAACGCCCCCAAGCGUGCCUUGUCUGCAUACAUGUUCUUCUCUCAAGCCAAUCGCGAAAAAGUCAUUAAGGAGAACCCAGGUGCUAAGUUCGGUGAAAUUGGUAAGAUCCUUGGUGCCAGAUGGAAGGAAUUGUCUGAUGAAGAAAAGAAGCCUUUUGUUGAACAAGCUGAAGCUGACAAGAAGCGUUAUGAAGAAGAAAAAGCAAAAGCAGGUUAAAAAUUUUUUACAGUCGUCUUUUCUCUUUGCAUUCUAUACAUAAAAAAAUAACUACUUGCGGCCUAAAGUCCUAAAAGCGCGCUGUCUUUCACCCAUUGCCUUGUACCUAUUUUUCUCUUGUCUUUUAGCAUCUUCUGGUGUAGGUUGAUAAUUUGAUUUUAGUAUACGGCGAAUAGCUUCUCCUGAUAUUUUGAACUCUUGGGACAGCUUUGUUAUGUUGUAAUCAGGCUGUAAUGCACAUCUACGAAUCUUUUCCAUAGUCUCUCUUGACACUCGCUUUUUUGGUAGCCAAUUUGGUUUAGCGGGAUUAGUAUUUGUCACAAAGGUUCUUAUUGAUCUUGACAAAAGAGAUUGUAAGGACAUGAAGUAGUUGCUUUAAAAAGGAA